AAGUCUCUCCGUAUACCCUUAACCAUUUAAUUUCUGGUUGUAGGAGUAUUGACUUGUCUAGAUGGAGAGAAGUUCAAAAGGAGAAAGGAGAAAAGGCUGACCUCGAGAAGUUUGUUCAACAUGUGCAUGGGAAUCAUUUUAUACCAAAUACUGUUUUGGUUGAUUGUACGGCAGAUUCUAUUGUUGCAAGCCAUUACCAUGACUGGUUGCGUAGGGGAAUUCAUAUAAUCACACCUAACAAGAAGGCCAAUUCAGGACCACUUGAUCAGUAUCUGAAGUUGAGAGCUCUUCAACGGCAAUCGUAUACACACUACUUCUAUGAAGCUACCGUUGGAGCUGGUCUCCCAAUCAUUAGCACUUUACAAGGUCUCCUUGAAACUGGGGACAAAAUACUACGCAUUGAAGGCAUUUUUAGUGGGACUGUUAGUUAUAUUUUCAACAACUUUAUAGGCACACGAGCCUUCAGUGAAGUGGUGACGGAGGCAACAGAGGCAGGUUACACAGAGCCAGAUCCAAGGGAUGAUCUAUCUGGAGCAGAUGUCGCUAGAAAGGUGAUAAUUCUUGCUAGAGAAUGUGGAUUAAAGCUAGAACAUUCGGAUAUCCCUGUUAUGAACCUGGUACCAGAACCUUUAAGGGGUACUACAUCGGCUGAGGAGUUUUUGCAGCAGCUGCCACAAUUUGAUGAAAACUUGGCUAAGCAACGGCAGGAUGCUGAGGAAGCUGGGGAAGUGAGUAUCUCUGACACUACUGCCACAUUGGACUGUUACACAGCAAACAAAAAUGGCAAUCUUUUCAUACUAAUAUCAGAAAUAAAAUCUAAAAUGUUAGAAGCAAAGAGAAACGACAUGUAACUAUUAAAGUUCAAAUUGCAUCAUGAGAUUUGUGCUUAUUACACUAAGGCCCUCGACAUUUAAGAAAUUAUACCAACCCUUUGAGGUCUUGUGUCAACUUAUAAUCAAGCCCACUCUGUGAGUUUGUUGACUAACAACAAUCUGCUAGCAUCAUUAAAUGCCCUGUGUUGAAAACUUGACUUUGGCAUGUGGGUGGAUGCCCACUGCCAUUACUUCAUUGAAUACUUUGUCCCCAAGCUUUCCACCGACAGUGCCAGAAUUUGCCUCUAAAAAGGCCUCAAUUGUUGAAUCAAAACACACCGAAUGAAAUAUAUAUCUCCAUCUCUCUAUCUAUUUUUUGAAUUAGUUAUUUGCACUUAAAUAAAUGACUAGUUUUAUAACAUAUUAUCAGUACAAAAGCUAGCCA